UGUUGUCUGAUCGUAGCUGUCUAAUCUCUGUGUUCUGAUUUCUAUACGUAAUUUGAGGUUAGGUUUUGACAACCUAUACAUCGUAAUUCAAAUUUUGUACCUAUUUAAAAAUUAAAAUUUCCUGUGUUUUAGAAGACUAAUAAAUAUGGAUAAUGUUGUUGGUCAGUCUGGAGGUAAAGAUUUGGACGAGAAACUGCUGCAGCCAUUCGCCUACAUCCUGCAAGUGCCUGGCAAGCAGAUCAGGGCCAAGCUGGCACACGCAUUCAACUACUGGCUCAACAUACCAGCCGACAAACUAAAUAUAGUGGGAGACAUAGUCCAGAUGUUGCAUAACUCUAGUCUCUUAAUUGAUGACAUACAAGACAACUCAAUCCUACGAAGAGGAAUUCCCGUGGCUCAUUCAAUUUAUGGAGUAGCUAGUACAAUCAAUGCUGCCAACUAUGUCAUAUUUUUAGCUGUUGAAAAAGUCUUACGCUUAGAACAUCCUGAGGCAACGAAAGUUUGUGUAGAGCAACUGUUGGAGUUACACAGAGGACAAGGAAUAGAAAUCUAUUGGCGUGACAACUUCCAGUGUCCAUCUGAGGAAGAGUACAAACAGAUGACCAUACGAAAAACUGGUGGCCUGUUCAUGCUCGCUAUUCGAUUGAUGCAGUUGUUCAGUGAAAACACAUCCGAUUUCACCAAACUGACUGGAAUUCUGGGACUGUAUUUCCAAAUAAGAGAUGACUAUUGUAAUCUAUGCCUUCAAGAAUACUCUGAGAAUAAGAGUUUUUGUGAAGAUCUUACUGAAGGGAAAUUCAGCUUUCCGAUAAUACAUGCCAUCAGGAGCCGACCAGACGAUCGGCAAGUCAUACAGAUCUUAAGACAACGGACUCGUGACGUGGAAGUGAAACGCUAUUGUAUCACCCUGCUGGACAAGUUCGGUUCGUUCAGUCACACACGUGACACCCUGUCUCAGCUGGACAGAGACGCACGGGACGAGGUGGCCAGGCUGGGGGGCAACCCACUCAUGGAGGCUAUCCUCGAUGAUCUGCUCAACUGGGACAGGCCCAAGUAAG